AUGGGUCUCAAGAACGACAAGUUUCCCGCGUCAGCUGCCUUCGAUGCCAUCAACGACUCCCUGCAGUCGAGCGAAGCCGACCGGCAAGACGCCAUCAAGCAAGGCAACGCCGUAUUUGCGUUCACCUUGAAGAACGCGGCGGGGGAGACCGAGAGUUGGCAUAUCGAUCUGAAGGAGAAGGGCACUGUUGGCGCCGGCCUCGGAAGCAAGCCAACCGUUACACUAUCGCUCUCGGACGAGGACUUCGGCAAGCUCGUGGCCGGCCAGGCCAACGCCCAACGAUUAUUUAUGUCGGGGAAACUCAAGGUCAAGGGCGACGUGAUGAAGGCGACUAAGAUGCAGCCUAUCCUGCAGAAAGCGCAGACGAAGGCUAAGCUAUGA